AUGUCCGCCAAGCAGAUUUACUAUUCCGACAAAUACGACGACGAUAAAUUCGAGUAUCGGUGAGUGGGCUGUAUAUUGAGGGCUGUAUACAAUGCUGUGUGCGCCUCUCCCCCAUGAUACCCUGCCAGCUCUGCCCUCUGUGAUAGCUCACCCACCAUAGCUGCCAAGUGGCCCGCUGUAGGAGGGACAGUCCCUCUAUGUGGCUCACAGCCCCUGUCUGUCCUCCUGUCUGAGCUCCAUGCUGGUGUGUGAGUGUAACAGAGCAAUCAUACUUCCUGUAAUGUCUCUAAUCUCUAAUAAUCAGUCUGUGUGAGUGACACAUUGCUUAUUGUAUUAAAUUACAUUGUAGCUGAAUAAAUUAAAUUAUACAAUUUCAGAACAGCCCCUCUCUACCUGCUACUAACUCUUACUAAGAUCAUUAUUCUGGCUCUCUGUUGUUUCACUGUGUUAUUCCAUUUAUAAUACCCUCCUAUAAUACUUGCUACAUGUCCUCCUAUAAUACAUGCUACAUGUCCUCCUAUAAUACAUACUACAUGUCCUCCUAUAACGCCUGCUACAUCUCUACAGUCUAUUCUGUGAUGCCCUCUGCCUGGCAUACCUUAUUCUGCACUGGAUUAUUGCCUGUGUGAUGUUAUGACAUUUGUAAUGGUUGGUUACUGUGUAUUUUAUCACAUACUGCAUUGCCGUGUUUUGUUUACCUGCUGACUAAUACCAUUCUCGUACAUAUUGCCCUUUGUGCUCAUAUCUUGCUCUCUGGAGAUUAUAACGUUUCAUUGAGAAGCAUUGGGGGCCCUAUGGUACAUUAGAAGCAAUCACUAGGCCAUUGAGAUGCUGCGAUUUAUACAAAUAAGUAAUUCCUAUAAUUGCCCAAAAGCUUAAUUGUAAGCAUUCAGUGUUGUUGUGACGCCACUGAAUAUGAAGAUUUUGACUUGUUUAAGAUUUUCACCAAGACCUAUCCUCUAUUGGCUAGAGGGUGCAGCGGGAGGUAGAUAUAUUUACCUGAAGUUGUCACCAUCUUCUGAAGUAGCGUCUUCUUUAAUUGCGAGCACUCUAUCUACCAGUAUCUGAACUACUCAGAUGUGGCAGUCACUUUAAAUGAAGGAUUUAAAAAAAAAAAAAAAUUUUUUACUUGCAUUUAGACCGCAGCGUGCUACUAUUGCUGUUCCUACCCUGGUUGAGAUCCACAUUGGAUAUGUUCUCCAAUCCAACUGGUCCUGUUGCUUUUUCUGGGUUUUUUUUUUUCUCUAAUUGCUCAACGCAGGUAAUUGCCUAGUGCACCUGCCUCGCAAGACUUUGAGGAGCUGCGAUGGAAAGUCUAACUAGACCGACACCAAUGCCGAAUUUCAUACGUUUGAGCAUUGGCUUGUUGCUUCCACUUCUUACAAGUGUUGCUGACUCUAUUUGUUUUACAGGCAUGUAAUGCUGCCGAAGGAUAUUGCAAAGAUGGUCCCUAAAACGCACCUUAUGUCGGAGACAGAAUGGAGGAAUCUGGGAGUUCAGCAGAGUCAGGGCUGGGUACACUACAUGAUCCACGAGCCUGGUGAGUUGUAAUGAUUUUUUUGGGGUAUAUUAUUGUGUGACUCAGAUGUACUUGUUUCCUGUAGUGUAUCAAACAUUUUACUUGAAACAUGCUUGCAUUCAGUUAAACUGUCACUUACUCAAAUCUGUUCUUGUCAUUUGAUAAACCUCAUUAUUCUUAGAGGGUGGAGUAAAGAUGUAGGUUAGCAGGUUGUCUCACAGCCCACCCCACAACUGCAGAACUUGUAUUGGCAAGCAAACUUGGAUGAGGGUGGAGUUAUCUCAACCAGCAUAGUGAGUUAAACUAUGUAUGUGCAGCUUUUACAUAGUGAAAUGUUGCAUAUACACAAUCCAUGCACCUUUACCACUUCUAGAUUUUCCUGGAAAUUUUCCCAUAAACCAUAUGAAAUGUGAUACGACCAAGCUUGACAUUAGGCCUAGUUUAACAGCAGACCUGCAAGGAGGAGUGAUUAUAAGGUCACUCUCCUAAUCCGAUUUACAUUUAUGAAUAAACAGUGGAUUCUUGUUCGUGGGUAUAGUGUGCAGUUUCACAUAUAACCUUAAACAGGAUGUCAUUCAGAAGCUCCAUAUUCUGGUUUGGGAGGUGUCUGGAUUUUCUCAUAAAAGCGCUGUCUAGCAGGAUAUUGAGUUAUAUAGCUUGGUGCAGACACAACAGCAAUUCCUUUCAUCAUAAAAGAUGAGUGAUGGUUAAAUAAACUGCUAUAUGUAUAAUAGCCCCAUUGCAUCUUCUAAAGCGUACUGUACACGUUGUAUACCUAGAAGCGAACAGCUUCGUUGCUGCAAAGGAGAAAAUACACACUCCCUCUUCAAUAAAACAAGAAGGGGCUGCAAAUCUUAAAAGCUGUAAGCAACUUUGUUCAUGGACAACCAUCUGCGAUGAUCUGAAUAAGGCUUAAGAUGACUGCAAAAGAUUUUUUUUUUUUUUGUUUUUUGUUUAUCACGGCUAUUUUACCCACUCAGCCAAGGGGUACCUAAGUGUGGAACUAAUUCCGGGGAUGGGGAGAAUUGGUAUUGUCCUAAAAUAAUCUUGCUGUUACGUGAAAGUGGUUAUUAGUGAUGUCCCGAACGACUCGCCGCGGACGGUGAACAUAUGCGGUAAACUUUGACCCUGUACCUCAGUCAGCAGACACAUUCUAGCCAAUCAGCAGCAGACACUCCCUCAUGGACAGUUCACUAAGAAUGCAGCUUCACAAUGAAUGUAAAAUGGAAGCUGUCUGGGAGGGAGGGUCUGCUGCUGAUUGGCUGGAAUGUGUCUGACUGUGGUACAGGGUCAAAGUUUACCGCAUAUGUUCGCCGUCCGUGGUGAACUGUUCGGGACAUCACUAGUGGUUAUAUAUAGCUGACCACUCAAGUUUAAUUCUGUAAAUAUUUAUAUAGCAAAACUCUAGUACUGACAAGGACUCUACUUUACUGAAUCCGUGGUACAGAAACUCUGGAAUAAGGUGUUGAAGUGAAUAGCUCUAUACCACCCAAGUAACUUGACAACACAGUUCUGGGAGUAAAACUAAAGUUUAAGUGAGCCAUUCCGCUUUUAUGCACAGACCCCAGCAUGGAGUCUUUAUUCAAAACAAGCGCUUCCAGGCAUCCCUGUGUCUGGGAGAUAAUGAGUCACAGGUAACUUGACUGUCUUUUAGGAACCACAUAAAUGCAUAAAACACCCCAAAAAUGGUAAUCAUACACUAGACUAAAGUCUUAUAUCCAUAAAUACCUUGGGUCUCAGUGCUCAGAUCCCUUCGGUAGAACAGAAUUGUUGUUCGGGUAAAGUUCUGACCGUCAUGAGGUGAUGGCCCAAAAUGGUUCCAGAGGAAGAGGCAACGGGCAGUCAACUUUCAGGAGCUCUGGUGUGAACACAGGUGAAUGUUCCCUCUGGCUUUUAGGGAGAAAAUGUCUCCCCAAGUCAGUAGUUCCUCUCUCCUGAAUGGCAUUCUCCUAACUUGUCUGGGAGCCAAUGUGAUGGUGAUAAAGUUUUCUCCAGGGUUUGGCGGAUCAAGUAGUCGAAAAGAAUUCCAUGCGUUCGACCAUGUACUCCCUCCUGUUAGGGAGACAAAAUGGCUGCCAUUCACUAGAGCACAUGUUUGGUUAUAUGAAUGGUGGGCCCCCAGGACAAGCACAUGAGUUUAUGGCUCUCUUGAAGUUAAGCCAGGGGUGACAACUGAACGGAGGUGAAUAAGUAUGCUACAGUUUAUAAAUAAAAUGAUGCAUUGAUAAACACUUAUUACUCAUGCGUGUCUUCAAUUUGUCAAACUACCACAAGCAUUUCCAAGCUGCAAAUAUGAUAUAAUGGGGGUCUUUGCAUUUGAUGCUGACAAAGCUAGUAUUUGUAUAUUCAUCUUUAAAGCAUUUGCUGGGUUUUUAUGCAUGUCCUAAUGAUUAUGGCUUCAUAUUGUUGCAGUUUUGUAUUUGUAUAAUGAAUCACUUUAUCUCUAUUCCAGAGCCCCACAUCUUGCUGUUCCGAAGGCCCUUGCCAAAGAAGGCUUAA